AUAAAUAAUUCCUCCUCAGACGCUGAGAAGCUCACAAAAACCUAACUCAAAACCCAACUGCCGCGCUCUCUCCGACCGUGAAGUGAGAGAGAAUGGGCUCCAAAGCAAUGGAUUUGGCGGUGAGUAACCCGCUCUGCUGCUUUGCCUCAAGGACUCCACCCGAUCGUUCUCCAAAGGUUAGAACUUUCACGGUCAGAUGCUCCUCCCCCGGUGCCGCCCUAGCCUCAGGUUUGGCGCAGAGACCUUGGAAGACUUGGGAUGCUAGACUUGCGCUUGAAGAUGGUUCAAUCUGGAAGGCCAAAUCAUUUGGUGCUACAGGAACCCAAGUUGGUGAAGUGGUUUUCAAUACAUCUUUGACAGGGUAUCAAGAGAUUCUUACAGACCCUAGUUAUGCUGGCCAGUUUGUCCUGAUGACAAACCCACAUAUUGGCAACACUGGUGUAAAUUUAGAUGAUGAGGAAUCACAGCAAUGUUUCCUUGGUGGUCUAGUCAUUAGAAGUUUAAGUAUCAGUACUUCAAAUUGGAGAUGUGCAGAAACACUUGGUGAUUAUUUAGCAGAAAGGAACAUCAUGGGGAUUUAUGAUGUUGACACUCGUGCAAUCACCCGUAGAUUGAGGCAAGAUGGAAGUCUUAUCGGUGUUUUGAGCACAGAAGAGUCAAAAGCAGAUGAAGAACUAUUAGACUUGUCCCGCUCGUGGGACAUUGUAGGUGUUGAUUUAAUAAGUGGUGUUUCAUGCCAGACCCCUUUUGAAUGGAUUGAUAAAACAAAGUCAGAGUGGGACUUUAACAACAACCGGAGAGAUGGAGAAACUUUUCAUGUUGUUGCAUAUGAUUUUGGGAUCAAGCAUAAUAUACUUAGGCGGUUGGCAUCCUAUGGCUGCAAGAUUACGGUUGUCCCUUCAACCUGGCCAGCUUCAGAGACUCUAAAGAUGAAGCCUGAUGGGGUUCUUUUCAGCAAUGGCCCUGGAGACCCUUCAGCGGUUCCAUAUGCCGUUGAAACGGUGAAACAAAUACUGGGAAAGGCUCCUGUUUUUGGAAUUUGCAUGGGUCAUCAAUUGCUUGGCCAGGCAUUAGGUGGUAAAACCUUCAAAAUGAAGUUUGGUCACCAUGGAGGAAAUCAUCCAGUUCGUAAUCUUCGGACUGGCGAUGUUGAGAUUAGUGCUCAGAAUCACAACUAUGCAGUUGACCCUGCUUCACUUCCAGAGGGUGUGGAAGUAACUCAUGUCAAUCUUAACGAUGGAAGCUGUGCUGGUCUUGCCUACCCUGCCCGAAACAUCAUGUCUCUCCAAUACCACCCUGAAGCAUCCCCAGGACCUCACGAUUCUGAUAAUGCUUUUCGGGAAUUCAUCGAGCUGAUGAAGCGAGCAAAACAAAAUGCUUAAGCAACAAUCUGCACCAAAAUACAUGUGUGAGCUUGUGAGAGUUCAAAAGGUGUUUGUUAAUGGAUGUCUGCCACUGUUCUUGCAGCCACAUGGGGUACUUUAUGUGGAGAAGGCUAGUGGUGUAUCGUCAGCUUUGUUAAUGAAAAUAUGGAAUCGGCAAAAUAAUUGAGAAUUUGCUCAAGUUGAAAAUAUCGUGGAUGAUUUGUACAAGAAUGAAUGACUUUGAGGCAUAUGCCAUAUUUGGCCUAAAGAUGGUGGUUGAUCUGAA